AUGGCUAAGCUACAACCUGACAAUGUGGUUGCUGUCAAGAAACUUCAUUCAUCAUCCGGGAAUGUUGAUCAUAGUGGUUUCCUUAAUGAGGUAUGGGCACUAACGAACAUAAGGCACCGAAACAUAGUGAAACUCUAUGGGUAUUGCUCCCAUGCCCGCAACUCAAUUUUGAUUUAUGAAUACCAUGAAAAUGGCAUCCUUGGAUCUAUUUUAAAAAGUGAUGUAUUAGCAAAAGAAUUGGAUUGGUUAACAAGGGUCAAUAUUGUAAAGGGCGUUGCCAAUGGUUUGGCUUAUAUGCAUCACGAUUGUUCACUGCCUAUAGUGCAUAAAGACAUUUCCAUAUCCAACAUCCUUCUUGAUUCUGAUUAUGAGGCACACAUUUCUGAUUUUGGCACAUCCAAGCUUUUAAAGCUAGACUCAUCAAACUGGAGCGCAGUAGCUAGAACCUAUGGUUAUAUCGUUCCAGAGCUUGCUUAUACGAUGGUGGCAAAUGAGAAAUGUGAUGUGUAUAGCUUUGGAGUUGUUGCACUAGAAGUGGUCAUGGGAAAGCAUCCUGGGGAACUCAUAACAUCUUUACCAACAUUAUCAGAUGAUCAUCUGGUGUUAGCAAAUGUGGGAGACAGCCGGAUACCACCUCCCUCAUCCCAAGUUGAGAAAGAAGUUAUGUUAGUAUUAAGAGUCUCAAGAGCAUGUUCGAAUCCACAUGAAAGGCCAACGAUGCACCAAGUUUCAAAUCUGUUGAUGAAGGCAAAAUUUAGUGUACUUUCAAUGUUCUUUAUUUUUCUGUAG